AUGUCUGAGUAGACUGAGCACUGGGUUCCUGUGAAGGGAGAGCUGUGUUUGCAUCUAAGAGUGUGCGAGUGUGUGUGCAGGAGUUGGAGAGCGUGUGUGUGCAAAAGUAACAAAUACAUUUGAUUAGUGAUUGGAUGUGUGGAGAGGUUGUGUUGGUGGAACCAGUCAGAUGUGUCCAUGUCUCUCCUUUCCCUUUACUCCCCUCACUCCUCUGUUGUCCAUUUCUGAGGCUAAUAGACUUUACAAAUGUUUACUACAUGCAUGUGUGAUGAGAGGAAACUUAGUGUUCCGUUUUAUUUAAUUUCAUCCUUCCAAAAUAACCAAAACAAUCUAAAAGAGGUUUAAACCAGAGAUGAAAUGAACUGCAGUGUUGAUUAAUGCUGAAUGCUUUAAAUCACCAGUCCUGAGUAAUGAGUCGUGCAGGCUUUCCCUCUCUCUCGCCACACCUAAUUAAGUAUGCGUAACCUGUUAACAGAGACUGUGGCUGUGAAGCUGUUAUUUUAAUAGAGCUGGCCGUUGUAGCUGGACGAACCCAGUCACUGUUGUUCUGAAACCUGCUUACAGUAUAUUACACAUAUUUGUAUUGUAGUAAGAUGUAAGUGUAAAUUUUGGCAGAACUGUAGAUCAUUUAAACAUCAUGGCAAAUCUAAACGAACCGUGUUCAGUCCAGUGUAUGGAUUUUACAGUUCAGAAAUGAAUAAUAUCUCCGUAAUAACAGCUUACAUUCAAUAUGAUGUUUGAGCAGAUUUCUAUCCAGUGGCCGACCUCUUCUCUGUAGUUCCUCUGUAGCUAAAAGUUCGGGGGAGGGGAGGAGUGGUCUGUCCUGUGUGUGUGUGUGUAUGUGUAUAUGUGUGUGUGUGUGUGUAGGACUAAGAACGAAUCUUGAGUAGUGGACUUAUGAAAGACAAGCAGACAGAGAGAAAGAGAGAAAGCUGGCGGAUAUGGACGUUCUGCUCGUUCCUCAUCAAAAACAAGCAGGUAACAUUUCUCUUGUAGCAUCACCCAACUAUAGCCCUGUCACCAAGAUCACUUUAGGAGCAGUGAACUCUAAUGUCGGAGCCCCGAUGAUUAUAAGCACCCCUCAGAGGGUGACUCACCCAGGAAGUAUCCUGAUCGGCAGCCCUUUCACGCCACACACUACACCUGCUGCCAUGGUUACACAAACAUGCCCUCCAGAGGGCAACGAAUGGACCCCAGGGAACAAGAAACGAACACAUGACUUUAUAGACUCUUAUUACUCAGACAGGGAUGGACUGUGCUCCAGUGACUCCUCAUCAAGUAAGAGAAUGAAGAAAGUUGAUAAGAAAGGAAAGGGGCUCAGGCAUUUCUCCAUGAAGGUGUGUGAGAAGGUGCAGAUGAAAGGCACUACAUCCUACAACGAGGUGGCUGAUGAACUAGUGGCAGAGUUCACUCACGCCAGCAACCUCGCAUCUACAGAUUGUCAGCAGGCGUACGAUCAGAAAAACAUCCGCAGGCGUGUGUACGAUGCACUGAAUGUGUUGAUGGCCAUGAACAUAAUCUCCAAAGAGAAGAAAGAGAUUCGGUGGAUUGGCCUUCCCACUAACUCAGCACAGGAAUGUCGCAACCUGGAGUUGGAGAAGCAGAAGCGGCUAGAAAGAAUUCGACAGAAAAGAAGCCAGCUAGAGGAGCUAAUACUACAGCAGAUAGCCUUUAAGAACCUGGUGAAGAGGAAUCAGGCCAAUGAAGCGGCUUCAAAAUCCCGACCUCCGCCCGGCUCGGUCAUUCAGCUGCCUUUUAUCAUUCUCAAUACAGACGUGCACACAGUCAUCGAUUGCUCCAUCUCCAGUGACAAAUGUGAAUACCUCUUUAACUUUGACAACAUGUUCGAGAUCCAUGAUGACAUUGAGAUUCUGAAGCGUAUGGGGAUGUCUCUGGGGCUGGAGAAUGGCACAUGCACCGCAGAGAACCUCAUUGUGGCCAAGUCACUUGUGCCCAAAUCACUAGAGUGUUAUGUAACAGGCAUGGCCAAGAAAUCGAUCAGAACCACUCCCAACUAUACAAGUCACAGCAGCACUGCUCCCUCAUACACCUCCGAAUCUCGGGGCCAGACACCCAGCUCUUUCAAUGAGGAGGAGGAGGAUGAUGAGGAUGAUGACGACGACGACGAUGACGACGAUGAGCCAUCUUCUCCAGAAUGAACUCGGAAAUCAGUGUGCUGACGCCUUGUGCUUCCCUGAGACUGGGCCUCUGUUCUGCUGUUUGACUUUCUGCCAAAUCCACAGGUGGAAUAAGACACCGGGAAUAAGCUUCCACUUCCUCGUGAUGUGAUUCCAAACUCUCCAUCUGUUUAGCCCUCUGUAUAUCGAUCUCUGUUUUUCAUUGAUCUAUCUAUCUUUUGCGAAAGGGCGUCCACACACAUGCACACACACAAUACUGGUUAUGUAUCUGGGGAGGACUGAUCAGUUGUGUCCUAAUGGUGCUUUUUCUCCUUGAAUACACCAGCAAACCUCAGGUCAAGCAUGAGGAGGUAGUAAGUGCUGCCAGGAAUUUCACAUCAACAGUUUUCAGUUGGUCUUCAUACUGCCUCAAAACCACCUUUUCACUCAGUACUCAGUCUCAAUGUAUUUAUUACUGUCCUGUUCCGUUAUCAGUGAAAUCUCUUGUGUUUAGACAACAGCUAAUGCUUUAUUGUUUUAGACAACAGCUAAUGCUUUUUGUUUUUUGUUUGCACCUCCCCCAUAUGUGCUGUUAAGAAAUCGAUAGCUUCAAUAGUUAAUCGAUAACUGUUUCCAUGUUUAGUGUGGAAGUAUAAAAAAAAAAGUUCAUUUUCUUAAGAUUCUUCACAGUUUUGUUGUGCAUCGCCUAGUUUUUUCAUGUCUUGCCAUUUACUGCAAUAGAAUGAAAUGGGGACAAAAAUGAAAUUACCAUAAUGAGAUUAGGUGCAUAUGCCCUGAAGAGACGCAUGCUAGGGAGUGAACUGUUUUUCUAAGUGUGAUGUGUAGAGUAGCAUCUCCUGCUAAUGUCUGUUUUUUUGCUAGAAAUUUAUAGCAGAUAUGAAAAGGCCGAAACCAGGGAAAUCUCCGUCUUUGACCUACUCAAGUCAGCAUUUUAAACCUAGAAACUUAUUUGAAAAUCCAAAAGAGUAAUAUUAUUAUUAUUACUUGUAUUUUUCUCUGGUGGUUCCUACUUUGGUUUGGAAAUGUAACUGUAUGUAUAUGUAUACAUAAACUUAUAAUUUUGGUUACCUCUGUGUCUCUACAGCAAAUCCUUAUUCUGUACAACAAGCAGUUAUGAUUUUUAUUUAUUUAUUUUUUUUAUACACUUGUGCAAAUGGUUAGAUUCAUUUCAUGUAUGAUUGUGAGAGCCAAAUUGUUGGCCAAAUUGGUGGCCAAAAAUGGGGAGGGGAAAAAUCUCUGCUGCUAAAUAUCACCCUGUUCGGCUUGAGCAAAAAUGGCAAGACUUUAAUUUGUUUGGAAUUUCAAACUCUGAUUUUAUUCUUCCAAGGGUUUUCUGCCAAAAUAUAUACAGUUAUCUGAGAUUUUAAGCUUCUCUCAGUUUUUAUACUCUGGAUAGAACACUGACAUUUUGUGGUAAAUAAGUCAGCGAAUUAUGAUAAAGGCAGUGCAACAUUUUAAAUGUUUAUACUGUAACUGUGAAUAAAUACUUUGGGGUUUUCUGGUAUGUUAUCACAUCAGAAGAGAAUGAUCGCAUAAAGGAAUUGCUAAACAUUUCGCUUCUGGGUUACUUAAGAAUUCCUAAACUCGCUUAAUUAAUGGUGGGCAAGAUAUUUGUCCCAAAAUGUUUGAGAUAUUAGCUUACUUAAGAUUCUUUGAGGGAAUAAAUAAAAUUAAACACAAACCGUC